AUGGCUUCAAACAACGAUCACAUAAUUCGGCUCCCACAAACACCAACAAUCGGCGAAAGUGAUCAGCUGCCGAUAAAGCCAUGGAUUGACAAAUUCAAUGCAAUUUUCUGGAACCACAAAAUCGACCAGCUGGGUGACAUCCUCCAUGAAAACUCCUGGUGGCGGGACAUGCUCGCCUUGACCUGGGACUUCCGAACUCUCCAGGGCCUCGACAGGAUAACCAGCUUCGUCAGGGACAACUAUCUGCGUGCUCGCUUCUGUAAUUUCGAUUACUGCCGAACCGACAGGGUGCAUCCCGAGGUCGAAUUCCCAGUCCCUGGUCUCUCUUGGGUAAGAGUGGUCUUCACAUUCGAUAACCGGUUCGGGGGUGGGAACGGCGUCGCGUAUCUAACGAAGGGAGAACGAGAUGGACAAUGGAAGGCGUAUUCGAUUUAUACUGCCCUGGAUAAUUUGAAUCGUUCGGGGGCUCCUCAUCCGGAGAGAACUGGGCGAGACCGACCGGAGGGCAAUAUUGUGUCGUUCCCAUGUGUGCCGGGGAAGACCUGGCUGGAGCAGCGUGAGGAGCUUGAGUUUCACGAUCGUGAUCCGACUGUGCUAAUCGUCGGUGCUGGCCAGGCCGGACUGAACCUGGCCGCCCGCCUGAAGGCAUUCGGGCAGUCUUGCUUGAUCAUAGAACAGAAUGGCCGCGUCGGUGACAACUGGAGGAAGCGGUACAGGACACUUGUUACCCACGACCGCGCCGAGAUUUCCCACAUGGCAUAUCUCCCAUUCCCCGAGACCUGGCCGAAGUAUACCCCGAAGGAUAAGCUGGCAGACUGGUUGGAAUCCUACGCGUCCAUCAUGGACCUGAGCGUCUGGACGAAUUCCAAUAUCGAAAAUGCCGAUUACUCCGACGCAGAGGGGAAGUGGUCAGUUAGGGUUGUGCGUGAUGGUGCCCGGAGAACGCUUCGACCUCGACAUAUCGCCUGGUGCACUGGGCUGUAUUCUAUACCCAAGCCGUUAGACUUCCAGGAAGUGAAGCAGUUCAAGGGAACUGUCUAUCAUGGCAGUGAGCAUGAUGAUGCUUCGAAGCACGAUUGCGGAGGGAAGAGGGUCGUUGUUGUAGGGACUGGCAAUACAGGGCAUGAUAUUGCAGAGGAUUAUUUUCGCCAUGGAGCAAAUGUUACAAUUGUUCAGCGAAGCGCCACUUAUGUCCUGACUCAGAAAGAGGGACUUCCCCUGCUGCCGGAGAAUGCUGGCCUUGACGAUGAUCAAACACCGAGUGGAAUCAAGGAUGUUUUGUCUGAGAGCCUACCUUGGCCAGUCGCUCUCGCACUGUCUGUUGGUAUCACGGCGAAGAUAUCUAACGCUGAUAGGGAUACUCUGCAGGGCCUUAGCAAACUCGGCUUUAAACUUGAAUUUGGAAUUGACGGUGCAGGAAUACUGCGCCAGAUUGUCUCGCGAGCAGGCGGAUAUUAUAUCGAUGUCGGAUGCUGUCAACUGCUUUUCGACGGUCUGGUGAAGGUCAAACACUCCCCUGGUGGAAUCAAAGCGUUCGAUAAGACAGGCAUCAUCCUGGCCGACGGUGGCCAUCUCGAUGCCGACAUCGUCGUGUUGGCGACUGGCUACGAGAGCAUGAAUGAGUCCGUCAGACAGGCCCUUGGUGAUAAAGUGGCGGAUCGAUGUAACCAGGUCUGGGGACUCGAUGAAGAAGGGGAGCUGAGGACCAUAUGGAGGCCAAGUGGACAUCCUGGCUUCUGGUUCAUGGCAGGCAGUCUUGCGAUGUGUCGGAUCUACUCCAAAUUCGUUGCCCUGCAGAUUGCAGCCGCUGAAUUGAAACUGGUAGGAGACCGGGGGCUUAGCUGA